GUUGCAGGGAUUGGAUCCAUAUCCGUGUGCGAGGUUAGCGAGACUGUAAACACUUAAGUCUGUCAUUACAGCUUUCCUUUAAAUACUGUUUUUGACAAUACUUGCAACAUCUAGCUGCUAACUCGCAGCUCAGCAGUCGCUGGUAUAAACAGGUAGCAGGUGGACAGCUAAGUGGUGUAGCAGCAGCCGUUACAGGCCAGAGACAAGAAGAAACCAGUAUGGACUCCUGGGUCCGGUUUAACGCCCAGAGCCAAGCCAAGGAGAGAGUUAUAAGGGCUGCUCAGUAUGCCUGCACCCUGCUGGGCUACACUCUGCAGAAAGGUGGGGCGGCGGCUGAACUUCGCAGAACCGUCAGUCAGCUGGAAGCACACAUGAGCCUAACAAGAAAGUUGCUGCGUCUGGGCAACUCAGUGGAGGCGCUGGAGUCUGCCAAGAGAGCCAUACACCUUUCUGACAGCGUGCUGAGGCUCUGCCUGACCAUCAGCCACCUCAACAGAGCCAUGUACUUCGCUUGUGACAAUGUCCUGUGGGCUGGAAAAACAGGCCUCAUCUCCAAACUGGACCAGCAAAAAUGGAGUCAGAGAUCUUUCAGGUACUACCUCUUUGCUCUGAUCCUCAACCUGACUCGAGAUGUCUACGAGCUCCGCCUCCUCAUUGAGUGUGAGGAGCGUCAAAGAGCCGCCAAAUCCCCACCCUCACCCAGCCCCAACACCACGCUGCCCGCUGACCACCUGUCCUCCCCCUCCACGCCUGGAGCUGUCACUUUGCCCGUCAUGCUAGCGCCGCUUCGCAGACAGUUCCACCUGCUGGUGACGGUGCUGUACAGCAACCCGCCGCUGCUGCUGGACCUGAUGAAGAACAGUUGUGACAUCUUCAUACCACUAGACCGGCUGGGGAUUUACCCCACAGGGUCAGGCUUCGUCGGGGCCUGUGGCCUGGCCUCCUCCGUCCUCUCCAUCCUCACUAUGGUCCACCCCUGGCUCAAGCUCAAGCCAUGACCCCCGGCUCAGAGUGGAGGGGUCCAUCUGAGGGGCCACAAGGAGGACUGACAUGUGAAACUAACACACAGAUCAUUCUGUGAUCACGUUUUGGAGUAGUGGCAGGGACUCGUAAUUCAUCAAAUAUCCGCUAACAGGUCGCAUCCAUGAGGAGUUUGUUUGACUCUGCACCAUGUAGUGAUUAACUGCUCUCAGCUGAUUACUGACCUGCAUGUUUGAACUGAUCAAAGUUACAGCUUCAUGCUUGAGAUGCACAGAGCCCACAAUUUCUAUAGCUAGCCCUCAUUCAUGAUUUAAUUCUACAUAUCAUAAUUCUGUACCAUCAGCAUACCCAGUCCUGACAUCUAAUACUUCUCUUAACAGAAAGACUGCUGAAAAUACAAACUCACUCGAUGACAGGCACAAGACUUGGUGGCUUAAAAGGUGAAAAUAAACAACUUUAGAUGGCUGAAAAAUAAAAAUGUACAUGUUUUCACAUAACGACGGCCGGUGUUGGGAGCAGGGUUCCUACUGUUAAGAGCAAGUGGGAUUUAAUACUUUUAAAAUCUUUUUUUAUUGCCACCUGGAAUAAAAUUUAAGACUAAUUUUACAUCAGCAGUACCAGAUAUUUACGGAAAAAAACAUAAACCAACAUCCUUUACUCAUGGUCAUGGAGAAUAUUAUUUUUGAAAUAAAUCUUGAAACAUAAAACAUGACUUGUGGUGAUGUUAAUGCAAGAGACACUUGGUAAAUUAUUAUUAUUUAUGUAAAGUUACCCACUAUUUUGAGCUUUUGCAAUGCAAUGUGAGACAACAAACGCUUCAUAAAAAUCCUACCUCACAUGUCCGAGCAUGUUUAAGACUUCAAGAUUGAUUUAAGAUAUUUUAAUGCCAAUUAAGGCCUUAUAUUUAAACUAAUGGAUGUGAUGCCUUAAGACUUUUUAAGGAUGUGCAGGAACCCUUGCUGGGAGUAUCUAGUUACAUGUAACCAUUUACAAUAAUUAAAUUACAAAAUAAAUGUAACCAGUUACAGUAACUGAGAGAUCAUAUAAUUAAAUUACAGUUACCAAUCAAAAUGUUGGUGAAUACAAAGGGGUUCCAUAGGAAAACAAAUCUUUUCAGGAAAAAAAAUUUGAAUAAAACAUUUAUUCUGUUGCUUUACAUCUUUUUGCAGAAUAAGAAUGCCUUCUUUUGGAAUAUUUUUGGACAACGCAGGUCAGCAAAGCCAUUGAGACAAAUUCCAGCACAAAAUGUAUGCACGUAUGUUUUAAGGUCUUUUCAGCUUUAUUGCCCUGUUUAAAAUAUGUUAGAAAAAUAAUCAAAUUGUAAUCAAAUGUAAUAAGUUACACUACUUUGAGGUAAUUAAAAGUUUCAGAAUUUACAUUUUAACAGGGUAACUAGUAAUCUGUAAACUAUUACAUAAAAAAAACACUUCCCAACACUGCUUAUCUCAAACACUUACUAUUUGAUUAACAGGAGUUGACGGAAAAGCACAAAAAUUUGCACUUUUUUUGCAGCGUUAAAAAAAAUAGUUGAAAUUUUAGCCACGUUUUGAUAUAAACUUGAUUAGAGUAAAACCAAGUGAGUUUGUUGUUUUUUUUCAACAUUCUUCCUGAAUUAUCAUUUUUUGGAGCUACUAAUGCCUCUUUUCCACCAAAUUCGUUCUGGUUCUUGAACUGGCUCUGUUUAGGAUGAUCCCACACCUCUCUCACCGUCUAUUUUUCGACAGACUUCACAGCUAGCUCCCAGGUACAGCAGCUGAGUGACUUUGGCCAUGUAAUGGUCAGUAGCAUCAAAGCGUUCUCUACAGCACAGUGAAGUUCAACCGCUAAGUGGACAUGCGAGCAGGAUUAUCAGCCUGAGUGGAUAAACUAUUUAGAGAUACACAGCGAGCUGGGACGGUUUAGGGAUACAACGUGAUAGUCAGGAUGUGAAUCUUUUUGACUUCUGUCAAUAAAUACUUUUACUGAAUGUGUAUUUCUGGUUAUUAACAUGCUUUAUGCUUAGAAUCCAAGAAUUAGUAUAUAAUCUCAAGGGACCACAACAACAUGCAAGGUGUCAGUCACAUAGUUGAUGGGGGCAGCCAAAGACAGGUUUACUGGACAACAGCCAUGGACAGAAGCGCUAUGUUUUUGGGUCCUUUCCAUUCUUGUGAACCCAAUCUCAAGAACGCCUUGAGGGAAUUUCUUCAGAUUUUGCGUGAACGUCCACUCUGACCCAACAAUAAACUGAUUAGAAUUUGGUGGUCAAAGGUCUCUAUGACCUUACGUCCGUCUCACGCUCCUGAAUGGCAUAUCUCACGAAGGCCUUGAGGAAAUUUCUGCAAAUUUGGCACAAAUGUCCACUUGGACUUGAGCAUGAACUGAUUAGAAUUUGGUGGUAAAUAUUUAAUAAAAUAAUGAUCUAAUGCCAUUUUUUAAAGUUCAGAUAAUGUGUCACUCGUUUCACUUUUCAUCACUAAAAUCUAUGUUGUCAUUUUGGAAUCAGUCAAAACUACAUUUUUGUGUACUGAAAUCCUUCAAUUUUGAUAAUUAUUACCGCUUGCGAUAAAGAGCACGUGUGACUGGACUGUUUGGUCUACUUUCACCUUUGAUUGGCUCUGACUUUGGUAAAAAUAAGACUUAGACUGAAUAAAAUUAAAAAAGUUUAAUUAAGGAUGUUACUGUUACAACAAUGACGUAAAAACCAAACAAAGGGAAAGUAAAAACAUAAUAAAAACUGAAAAUAAAUGAUACCAGUCAGGGGACCAGUGGCUUUCGGGUGGAACAUUUUUCCUGCUGGUGUUUCUGUCCAGGUAACAUCCAUAGUACACAACACAGCCGCUAAAAAGGACUUCCUCAAUAGGCUUAU